AUGACGGGCGGAGGGAGGCAAGACGGGCCAAGGAGGGAGGCAAGACGGGCCAAGGGGGAAGGAGGACGGGCCAAGGGGGAAGGAGGACGGGCCAAGGGGGAAGGAGGACGGGCCAAGGGGGAAGGAGGACGGGCCAAGGGGGAAGGAGGACGGGCCAAGGGGGAAGGAGGACGGGCCAAGGGGGAAGGAGGACGGGCCAAGGGGGAAGGAGGACGGGCCAAGGGGGAAGGAGGACGGGCCAAGGGGGAAGGAGGACGGGCCAAGGGGGGAAGGAGGACGGGCCAAGGGGGGAAGGAGGACGGGCCAAGGGGGAAGGAGGACGGGCCAAGGGGGAAGGAGGACGGGCCAAGGGGGAAGGAGGACGGGCCAAGGGGGAAGGAGGACGGGCCAAGGGGGAAGGAGGACGGGCCAAGGGGGAAGGAGGACGGGCCAAGGGGGAAGGAGGACGGGCCAAGGGGGAAGGAGGACGGGCCAAGGGGGAAGGAGGACGGGCCAAGGGGGGAAGGAGGACGGGCCAAGGGGGAAGGAGGACGGGCCAAGGGGGAAGGAGGACGGGCCAAGGGGGAAGGAGGACGGGCCAAGGGGGAAGGAGGACGGGCCAAGGGGGAAGGAGGACGGGCCAAGGGGGAAGGAGGACGGGCCAAGGGGGAAGGAGGACGGGCUAAGGGGGAAGGAGGACUGGCAAGACGGGGAAAAGGGGGAGGGAAGAUGGCGGGAUGGAGGGGAGGAGGAAAGACGGGCAGAGGGAGGCAAGACUGGCGAAGGCGGGAAAGUGGGGAGGAAUGA